AUGGCUGUGAACAUCGACACCGACAAAGAACUCGACCACACAGAGAAAGAUUCGACUACUCGAUCCGCGACCGAGCCCCCGAGUGAAGAGAAAAAGGAGGGAGAUGGCGGCUGGGCAGCAUACCAGCGCAUCUUCCACUAUGCCGGCGCUUUCGAGUACACCCUCCAGGGGAUCGCCAUUCUUGCCGCCAUUGCUUCCGGUGCCGGCAUCGCGAUGCAAAACUUGAUUUUUGGCGCGUUUGUGACUGUCAUAACGGACUACGCCGCCGGGAAAACAUCGAGCGACGUCUUUCUCGACGAUGUCGCGGAACUCGCUCUCUAUUUUGUCUACCUCGGAAUUGGCAGAUUCGCCCUCUCGUACAUAUACAACACCCUCCUGACCUACGUUAGCCACCGAGUCGUGCGCAAUAUCCGCCAUGCUUAUGUCAGGUCCGCUCUCAGUCAAGAAGUAGCCUAUUUCGACUUUGGCACGGGGGGUUCCAUUGCCACACAAGCCACAUCCAAUGGUCGACUUAUCCAGGGCGGCAUCUCGGAGAAGCUCGGCCUGACGUUUCAAGGACUGGCCGCUUUCGUCGCUGCAUUCGCUGUUGCCUUCGCUACGCAAUGGAAGCUGACACUGAUCACGUUAUGCAUUGCUCCAGCCAAUAUUCUCACCAUGGGGGUGGUCGCUACCAUCCAGGCCGGCCACGAGACCAAGAUCCUUGAUCUGCAUGCCCAAGCCAACUCUUUUGCCGAAGGCGUCCUUGCCAGUGCCCGCACAGUUCAUGCUUUCGAGAUGCGGAGUAGGCUCGUGGCCAAGUUUGAUGGCUAUCUGUCUGAGGCACACCGCGUGGGGGACAAGAUUUCGCCCCUUUUUGGCGCCCUGUUCUCCAUCGAGUACACCAUAAUUUACCUGGGAUUCGGCCUUGCUUUUUGGCAGGGCGUUCAAAUGCUCGCGAGAGGCGAGAUUAACUCAUCCGGCCAAAUAUUCACUGUGCUUCUGUCUGUCGCCAUUGGUUCCAUCCAAAUCACUAUGCUGGCGCCCUACUCCAUCGACUUCACUCGUGCAGCUACCUCUGCCGCUUCGCUUUUCAAGCUUAUAGACAGGCAAUCGGCCAUCAACCCAUUCGACAAGUCCGGUGAACAACCGUCCGACAUUACCGGCCUAGUCGCGCUAGAGGAUGUCACAUUUGCCUACCCUACUCGUCCUGGAAUCACAGUCUUAGAUAACUUUUCACUUACGGUUCCUGCCGGCAAGGUCACAGCUCUAGUGGGACAAAGUGGUUCUGGAAAGAGCACUAUCGUCGGUUUGAUUGAGCGUUGGUACACCCCCUCCUCGGGGACCAUUAAGCUAGACGGGCGGCCCAUCGACAGCCUGAACCUGAACUGGCUUCGGAAUAAUGUCCGACUUGUCCAACAACAAGCACUGGACCGCGCGGCCGAGGGACGCACAACCAUUGUGAUUGCCCAUAAGCUAGCCACAAUUCGCAAGGCAGACAACAUCGUCGUCAUGUCUAAAGGCCGCAUCGUCGAGCAGGGGACACACGAGGAAUUGAUUACCCAUAACGGCACCUACGCUCGGCUUGUCAGCAUUCAGGACUUGGCUGUUGGCUCUGGUACCAGUUCGUCGGAUGCUGAAGAGGAGGGCACGGCUGGCGAUGAAGGAGGCCACCCUGCCGAGCUUACCAAAACCAUGACCCGAUACGCCACUGAAGACCAAGCCCGCCUAGACACCCAGAAGGAUCGUGACAACUUCGAUGACCACAAACACUUAGGCUUGAUCGCGGUAAUCCUCCGCCUCAUCAAGUACAGCCCAGAGCUGAGGCUGUGGUAUCUUUCCGUCCUGGCGUGCUGCGUCGCCGCCGCCGGCAUAUUCCCUGGCCAGGCCAUUCUACUUUCUAGGAUGAUGGACGUGUUCACUUUGGAAGGCGAGGCCUUGAAGGAGCGCGGCAACUUCUUUGCAUCCAUGUUCAUCGUCUUGGCAGCAGGCUGCCUCGUCUUCUACUUUCUUCUGGGUUGGUCGACCCUCUCCCAUAACCUCCGCAGGCAGACGUUCAACGACAUUUUGCGUCAGGAUCUUCAAUUCUUCGACCGUCCCGACAACAACACCGGCGCCCUGACGAGCCGGGUCGACUCGAAUCCUCAGUCUGUAUUCGAGUUGAUGGGCUUUAACGUCGGCCUCAUCGUCAUUGCCGUGCUGAAUGUUGCGGCCUGCAGCAUAUUGGGUAUUGUCCACAGCUGGAAACUAGGUUUGGUGGUCGUCUUUGGCGGGUUGCCUCCCCUGCUCGGUUCUGGGUGGCUCAAGAUUCGGUUGGACAUGAAGAUGGACCACGACAGUUCCAAGAGAAGCUCCGUUAGCGCGUCGGUUGCCUCUGAAGCUAUCACCGCCAUCCGCACAGUGUCUUCCUUGGCCAUCGAAGAUCGUGUUCUUGCCCGGUACACGGCUGAGCUGGAUCGUGCAGUGGCAGACACUGUCAAGCCCCUGACGAGGGUGAUGAUUUGUUUUGCUCUGACACAGGCCAUCGAGUAUUGGUUCAUGGCUUUGGGUUUCUGGUAUGGCUGUCGUCUCGUUGCUUUCAACGAAACAUCCAUGUACAACUUCUUCGUCGCUUUUAUGGGCGUGUUUUUCUGUGGACAAGCGACCGCGCAGAUGUUCCAGUUCUCCACAAGCAUCACCAAGGGACAGAACGCGGCAAAUUACAUAUUCUGGCUCUCCGAGCUGCAGCCGACAGUGAGGGAGACAGACCAGAACCGCGACAACGGGCCAAAAUCUGGCGGGCCCAUCUCAUUGGACAAUGUCCGAUUUUCGUACCCCUUACGGCCAGACGCUGUGGUGCUCCGAGGGGUCGAUCUAGAGAUCAAAAAGGGCCAGUUUGCAGCUGUUGUCGGUGCGUCCGGCUGCGGCAAAUCUACCGUCGUUGCCAUGUUGGAGCGCUUUUAUGAUCCGUCCACGGGCAACAUCCAUAUCGACGGCGAUGUCCUCAGCGAACUCAACCCAAAGCUCUAUCGUCGUAUCGUGUCCCUUGUUCAACAGGAACCCACUCUUUUCCAGGGCUCCAUUCGGGAGAAUAUUGCCCUCGGCAUUGAUGACCCGACAAUCGACACGUCGGCACUCUACACGGCCAACACAGGUCCCACAGUCCCAGACUCGCAGAUCGAAGCAGCUCUUCGUGCUGCCAAUGCCUGGGAGUUUGUGUCAUCGCUCCCGGAUGGGUUGGCUACCGCGGCGGGCUCCAACGGCACACAGCUCUCUGGCGGCCAGCGCCAGCGCAUUGCCAUUGCCCGCUCACUGAUCCGAGAUCCCAAGAUCCUGCUGCUAGACGAGGCAACAAGUGCAUUGGACACGGAGAGCGAGAAGAUUGUCCAGAAUGCCCUGGCUGAGGCGGCCAAGGCCGGGGACCGCAUCACUAUCGCCGUGGCGCAUCGGUUGUCGACCAUCAAGGAUGCCGACGUUAUUUGUGUAUUCCACGGGGGCAAGAUCGUGGAAAAGGGCACGCACGAGGAGCUAAUUGCGCUCGGGGGGAUGUACCGCAAGAUGUGCGAGGCGCAGAACUUGGAUUAG